GUCCUUCAGUAUGUCUGCUCUCCAAGACUCAGGCUCCACUGAGCUGACCUUCAGCUGGCUAUGCAGAAAUUGUGAAAAGAAACUCCCAGACGCAGGCUAUGGAGCAGUUCUUUCAUUUUGGAGCUCCUGGAGCUUUUAGUUACGCAUGGCUAAUACCAGAUGUUACAGGAAUCCUGUCACUUGGCCUACUUCAAAUACUUCCUUAAGCAGUACUAUUCAGACGUGCCUAAAAUGCUUGAUACUUCUAAAUCAAACAGGCUCACACCACCUUCCAAAAGAGAGACAGUAAAGAACAGAUCCAAAAAAAGCUCUAAGAAAGCAGAUACCACCAGCACCAGCAGCAGCAGCAGCAGCAGCAACAGCAGCAAGUUGCCCCCAGUUUGUUAUGAAAUAAUUACCUUGAAGACUAAAAAGAAGAAGAAGAUGGCUGCUGAUAUAUUUCCCCGUAAGAAGGCAGCCACCUCAAACAGCACCAGUGUCCAGCAGUACCACCAGCAGAACCUGAGCAACAAUAAUCUCAUCCCAGCUCCCAACUGGCAGGGGCUUUACCCCACCAUCAGAGAAAGAAAUGCGGUGAUGUUCAAUAAUGAUUUGAUGGCAGAUGUACAUUUUGUGGUUGGGCCACCAGGUGGGACUCAGCGGUUGCCAGGACACAAAUAUGUCCUAGCUGUUGGGAGCUCUGUGUUCCAUGCAAUGUUUUAUGGAGAACUUGCUGAGGACAAAGAUGAAAUCCGUAUACCAGAUGUUGAACCUGCUGCUUUUCUCGCCAUGCUGAAAUACAUCUAUUGUGAUGAAAUUGACUUAGCUGCUGACACAGUGCUGGCCACCUUGUAUGCUGCCAAAAAGUACAUAGUCCCUCACCUGGCCAGAGCCUGUGUGAAUUUCUUGGAGACCAGCCUGAGUGCCAAGAACGCCUGUGUGCUGCUCUCCCAGAGCUGCCUAUUUGAGGAGCCAGACCUGACACAGAGAUGCUGGGAGGUGAUCGAUGCCCAGGCCGAGCUAGCGCUCAAGUCUGAGGGAUUCUGCGACAUUGACUUCCAGACACUAGAAAGUAUCCUUCGCAGGGAAACUCUGAAUGCCAAAGAAAUUGUAGUUUUUGAAGCAGCCCUCAACUGGGCUGAAGUAGAAUGCCAGCGACAAGAUCUGGCCUUGAGUAUUGAAAACAAACGCAAGGUCCUAGGAAAGGCCCUUUACUUGAUCCGCAUCCCUACCAUGGCCCUGGAUGACUUUGCAAAUGGUGCUGCGCAGUCAGGAGUAUUGACUCUCAAUGAGACCAACGACAUCUUCCUUUGGUACACUGCAUCCAAAAAGCCUGAACUGCAGUUUGUGAGCAAAGCCCGCAAGGGCCUUGUGCCCCAGCGCUGUCACCGUUUUCAGUCUUGUGCCUAUCGGAGCAACCAGUGGCGCUACCGGGGUCGCUGUGACAGCAUCCAGUUCGCAGUGGAUAAAAGGGUAUUCAUUGCUGGCUUCGGGCUUUACGGCUCCAGCUGUGGCUCAGCAGAGUACAGCGCCAAGAUUGAACUCAAGCGUCAGGGUGUUGUACUGGGGCAGAACCUGAGCAAGUACUUCUCAGAUGGAUCCAGUAGUACCUUCCCUGUGUGGUUUGAGUACCCAGUGCAGAUUGAGCCAGACACCUUCUACACGGCCAGCGUGAUACUGGACGGCAAUGAACUCAGCUACUUUGGGCAAGAAGGCAUGACGGAAGUUCAGUGUGGCAAAGUGACUGUCCAGUUUCAGUGCUCUUCAGAUAGCACAAAUGGCACUGGGGUACAGGGAGGGCAGAUCCCUGAACUUAUAUUCUAUGCUUGAACCUUUCUUCCUUCCCCAAGCACUGAGGGGUGUCCAUCCACCUCCUCCUUGCCCGAUGCUUAGCUCAUCUGCACACAUGUGAUCAUCGCAGGUAAUUUGUAAUGAAUGAAGCAGUAGGCAGUUUCUAAUUUCAACCUUUUAAUUAUGUACAGGCAAAAAUUCAGCAUUCCGCUUUUAACAAUCUGCUUAGAAGAGCCACGUUCUUACUGCGCCUUUGUGGUUUUGAAAUCGGUCUGUGCAGCUGGGGAGCCCUCCACUCCUCCCAGUGUUCCACUGACCUCAGUUUUGUACCUCUGAAGAAGAUUUUGUAUCACCUUAAAUUUCCUUUUGGAUUUCGUUUGAUAAAUGGAAACCUGAAAUCUAAAUGACAUCCAAUUAUUUUUAAACAGAACCCCCCCUCCCCUCAUAAAAGAAAAACAGGGAAACAUCAUUGUACAAUUUCUAGAGAAAGGAGUCAUGUUUGGCUCUUCAUUCCUUCUAAACUAGUUGUUUUGGGCUUUGCUCUUUUAUUCUAAGUUCAUAUACUUGUUACAUAUUGAACAAUUCACAGUGUCUAUGUAAAAUAGGAAAGUAAGGGAUUGGAUGCGUGUUCAGGCCAUGACCUCUGCUACAAAACAUAUUGAUAUUCUUUUAGUUUAGAAUUCAGGACAUAAUGCAGACACCACCUUCAGAUGUGAGGGAAUUACAGACUUACUGUUAAUACAGAAAAGUUCCAAGCCUUGUGCUAAAUUUACAUAGAAGAGUUUAAGAAGGAAGCCUAAAAAUGUCCUGUAUGGCAGGUAGCACAACCAAUGGCCGUAAAAAGGAAGCUUUAAAAUGUCCUAUAAAACAGGUAGCCCAACAACGACAGUAGAUAACAUAGUUUGAAAAGCUACCGUUUCUUGCCAGGAAGCUUUGGCUUCCCCACAAUUAGCUUAUUGCUUCAGUUGAACUGUGUAUAGGAUUCCUGACCCUGCUCUCAACAGUAAGAGGACCAAACAGAUCUGUAGAGGAAACAGUUGUGUAGCACUACAUGUUAAUGUGUAAAAUACUUUUUAUUUCUUUUCAAUGUGAAGCAUUCAUCACCUUAUUUGUGGAUUUUAGUCUGUGCUGUUCCUGGACUGCUAGAACCUGGUCUCUGGCCACCCUAAAGUGCCUGUCUGUGCCUGCAGGCUUUAAGAGUGGUCAGAGCGACACACCUGGUUACACCUAGUCACUGCAUCCACAUCACGUGCAGCUCUUACUGUCCAUAAUACAGUGAGCAGAGGGGGAAAUCCUCAUCCAAAACUUCUCUUUCGUUGAUGGCUUAUGUUGGCUUUGUGCCUAUGACCCUGGCAUUGUCCAUUGUGGUCACUCCGGCUGAAGUAUCCAUGUGUUUCUGGGCAACUUUUCUGCUCAGUGUGAUCCUGAGAUGGCUCCCCGCCACCCAGAGUGUGGUCCCCGGCCGCCUCCUUCUCCUGCUUCAGAAGCCUCAGGCUGGCUUGUCUGGAGCAGGGGUUAGUCUGGGGUGUGUGUGCCUGUGCUACAUGCACAUGCAGCUGUGUUUGCCGACUCAGGAACUGCCUCCUCCCUGCCUGGCUAGUGACAGGUGGGACAGGAAUAGUCCCCCUGCUGGUUCCAGCAAGGCCCCAGGAGUGACUGCCCUUGCUCUCUGUGCUUCUGGGCCACUUCUUCCUCUGCAGACAUGGGCUUGCUGCCUUAAGCCAGCUUCCCUGGUAGAGGAGAACACUGGAUUAUGGGAAAUGUUUUAAUUAUUUUGCCAUUAGCUAUCUGUUAGAGUAGGUGACUGAAAGCUGUCAUUGGUGACUUGAUGAGUACUCCCAAGACAGUUUUCCAGCAUUAUCUAACAGUUAUUUUCCUAGGAGGGAGAUUAUGGUUUUGGUAAAGCAUCAGUGAAGUAAAGGUACAUUUUCAGUUUAAAAAUACUGCUAUAAAGGUUUUUAUUUUUAAAUUAUGGUUAAACAUUUCUGUAACUCACAGCUACCAUAUAGAUGGUAGGCCUGACCAGAAGGCACUUGUUUUUAAGCCUGAAGAGAAGUUACUUAGUUUAGUACUGAUUUUUGUCCUGUCAGAUAGUGGAGCUGGGUAUGAUAGCCUUAGAGGGGCAGCAUCCCUUCCCUACUCACUGCCAGUGCGCUUAUGACUGAGCUGCCCUCACAGCUAGCCAAUGGCCAGACGAAAGCCCGACAUCCUGGUCACUGGGUAGAAGAACUUAAUUUUAUGUUAAUUAUUAUCAUGUUUUUGUUUGUUUGUUUGUUUUAAAAGACACAUCAUUUGAUUAGUCUGUGCCAAGUACUAUGAGUAAAAUUGGAAACUUGUGAGUAGGGUAAGAGAUUUUUAUGAAACUAUUCUUUCUUCAUUUUCAGCAAAAUGGAAUGAAAGUGAAUGCACUUGCUUUGUUUUCUUUGGUGAUUUUGAGUCUUGUAGCUUUUGAAAGUAGAAACUUAUUCUGACAAGGCAGGCAGCUCUAGUGCAUAAACAACUUCAUUAAGCAGAAUGUGCUGUAGACGCUUUUCCCACCUCACCUGGCAGUACUUGUCAUUGUUCAUACCGGGAAUAAGGGGAACUAGGCUAGCAGUUCUAAUGUAACAUUCUUUAAUCAUAUCUUAAAAUACUAUUUAAGUAAAUGGUCUAAUUUCUACAUAAUUAUUGCACUGAACUGUCUUUUUCAUUUUUUAAGGUGUUUAAAUAAGCUCAGCUAAUUCAAGACACUGGCCGCUUGUGUACCAGUGUGCUUGGCAUUAGCAGUGUGCAGCAUUAUUUAUGAAGGAAAGUAUAUAAAUAUGAAGUACCUCAUGUUGAAUGUUAUUGUACUGUAUUUUUAAUGUAACAGUGCAGAUCUUGUUAGACAAAUGAAUGUGUAUAAUCAUGUUAAAUGCAAAUAAAAUAAAACUGGUUCAUA